GGGCGGGAGGAGGAGGCGGCGGCGGCGGCGGCGGCUGUUUGUUGUGAGGGGCCGGAGCCGGAGGCCAAGCCGCCAUGACCAUCCUGCCCAAGCAGCAGGCGGAGCGGGCCGACGAGGCGGAGCGCGACGCCGCCGAGCACCCGAGGCCGCACGGCCACCGGGCUCGCAGCUCGCCGCCGCGCUGGCCGUACCAGGCGGCGGGGGCGGGCGGCGGCGGUCGCGACGAGCGGCAGGCCAGCUCCAGGCCUCGGGCCUCGCCCCCUCCGCCCGCCGCCGCCUCGCACUGGUUGCAGGCCGCCGACGGUGCGGUGGCGGCGGGCGGCCCGGGGCCGGGCCCCGGCCUCGGCCUCACCAAGAGGCGGCACCGCGCCUCCCCGCACCGCGGCGGCCGGAAGACGCACCGGCCCAGCCUGCUGCACCAACUGCACCAUCACCGGCACCACCACCACCACCCCGAGCCCCGCGGCCUCCCCCUGCCUGCGCCUCACCCUGGGGCGGCGCCGCCCGGCGCUCCGGGCGUACCCGGGGCGGCGGCGGCUGGGGCAGCCGGCGGAGCGGCGGCCUGUGGCCCCGGGGCGGCGGCGGCGGUGGCCGGAGGGGGCAGCGGCGGGUCCGGCGGUGCGGGCGGAGUGGCCGUCGGCAGCCCCGGCGGGGCCGGGCCCGAAGAGCAAGGAGCUGGCUACAACAGCGAAGACGAGUACGAAGCGGCGGGUCGGGAGCAGCUGCAGGACCCGGCCAAGGUGGAGCAGCAGGAGCACUGGUUCGAGAAGGCCUUGAGCGAGAAGAAAGGCUUCGUCAUCAAACGAAUGAAGGAGGACGGAGCCUGUCUCUUCCGGGCAGUCGCGGACCAGGUGUAUGGCGACCAGGACAUGCACGACGUGGUCAGGAAGCACUGCAUGGACUACCUGGUAAAGAAUGCAGACUACUUUUCCAACUACGUGACUGAGGAUUUCACCACUUACAUCAACCGCAAACGAAUCAGCAGUUGCCACGGCAACCACAUUGAGAUGCAGGCCAUGGCUGAGAUGUACAACCGGCCGGUGGAGGUGUACCAGUACAGUGCGGCAGGGCCGGACAAUCUCGAACCCAUCAACACGUUCCACGGCAUCCACCAGACUGAGGAUGAGCCCAUCCGUGUGAGCUACCAUCGCAACAUACACUACAACUCGGUGGUGAACCCCAACAAGGCCACCAUCGGCGUGGGGCUCGGCCUUCCCGCCUUCAAACCCGGCUCCGCAGACCAGUCGCUGAUGAAGAACGCCAUCAAGACAUCGGAGGAGUCGUGGAUCGAGCAGCAGAUGCUGGAGGACAAGAAGCGGGCGACCGACUGGGAGGCAACGAACGAGGCCAUUGAGGAGCAGGUGGCCCGCGAGUCCUACCUGCAGUGGCUGCGCGACCAGGAGAAGCAGGCCCGACAGCCCCGGAAAGCCUCGGCCACCUGUAGUUCGGCCACAGCGGCCGCCAGUUCCGGCCUGGAGGAGUGGAGCGGACGGUCCCCUCGGCAGCGCAGUACUGCCUCCUCACCCGAGCACCUCGAGCCCCACCUCGACGCCGGGGGCAAGCCCCCCUCCCCCAGCACUGCUGUCGCGCUGGCCCUCGGCAAGCCUCCCUCGCCCUGUGCACCAGGAACCAGCAGACAAAUGUCCUCGGGCGGAGAGCGGGUCUCAUCCCCGGCCGUGUCGCUGUGUCCCACCCUCGACUGUCGCGCCAUCAUGCAGCAGAUGUCGCCCACCGCCUUCGGCCUGGCUGACUGGGAGGAUGACGAGAUCCUCGCCUCAGUGCUGGCUGUGUCCCAGCAGGAGUACCUGGACAGUAUGAAGAAGAGCAGGGAACCCCACAGAGAAUCUUCACCAGACCACAGCUGAUGGACUGCCCCCUAUCCCACCUGUCCUGACCUCCUUCCCCAGCCCACACACUGCCUUCCCCCCCCCCCCCCCCCACCCACCGUGCUAGGCACAAGAGACUUUUCUUUUAUUGACUAGAUGCAUGUACAGAGAAGCCAUGGAAUAAUGUUGCACCCACCACAAUACUGACCUGCCGUCUUCGGAAAUAUAAUUUUGUGUUACUGGU